AUGGCGAAGAAUGCCACCGCUAUGCCUCAGUUACCUGGCAAGGACGACAUCCAAGGAACUUGGGAUUUCCUUGCCAUCGGCGUCGAGAAGAUUAUGAACCAUCUCCGCGAUGGCAUCGAUCUCAAGACAUACAUGAGCCUGUACACGGCCAUCCACAACUUCUGCACAGCUCAAAAGGCCGUCGGUCAAACCACAAAUCUAAACGCUACGCAUCGUGGAGGUCAGUCCAGACAUCGCUUUACUAUUCUACACGCUCCAGCAAGCUGA